GGUGGUCUUUAAAUAAUAGUCUUUUUCUAAGUCUGUACCAUUAUAAAAAUUAACUUUUAAAAAAGUAGUAGGAUAAGCCGGGCAGAAUUUGAAAAAAAGCUCUCAACUGUCGGUCGGAUGGAGGACCGAAAGAGGACGAGUUGAGGACUAUUUACAUGAACUGUUUGAAUAAACAAGACGGCAGAAACUCCAGUGACUCUCGAAGAUAUUCCAGUGACCAAGACUGGAACGACGCUCGUGGAUAUGGACAGAGAGAAUGGGACAGGGAUAGUCGAAGUAGCAAUGACAAGAAUAGGGGUGAUAGAAUGGGAAGUAGGAGUGACAGAUUCGGCAGUGGAAAUGACAGGAUGGGAAGUAGAGACGACAGAAUGAACAGCAGAGAUGGUAGAAUAGGCAAUAGAGACGACAGGAUCGGUAGUAAUGACAGGUCUAGUAAUAGAAACGAAAGAUUUGGGAGUAGAGAUAAUGAUAUGUAUGGUAGGGAUGAUAGAAUGGAUAAUAAUGGUAUGGGCGCAAGAAACAGGAUGGGGUAUCAGGAUGAAGAAAUAGAUAGAUAUCGCCUUAAUGGAAGAGAUGACUUUUCAAACGAUGAUUAUGGAAGUGACAUGCCUCGCGACAGCUUUUACUCCUCAACGCAGACACCUCGAAGGUUCAGGAGAGACAAACGCAAAGAGAUCAAUUCAGGCCAUCGCAGCCAGUACAACCCAAAUGCACAAAAGCCUACUGAAUAUGAUGAUAAUUACCGAAACGACGACAGAAACACAAGCAAAAACUCCAGUAGGGACGAAGACGCUAAGGCCUGCGCCUUACAUUGCUUCCUUGAAAACUUGGAGAUGAUAGGCGACAGCGGUAUGCCAGAUAAAUAUUUAGUUACUCACGUUCUUACAAAGGACGUGAAAAACGAGGAUUUGAGAGAUUUUCUGCAGGAGUCGAUCGAGGAAUGUUUCCAAAUCCUUGAAAAUGAAAAUACAGAAGACAAAUGUGAUUUUGCAAAAAAUCUAAUGAUGUGCUUAUCAGAGAAAGGGCGUAGCAACUGUGAUGAUUGGAAAGAUGACCUAAAGUUCUAA